UCCGGUUUUCCUUGCCUGUGGCAACUGACAGGCUCAGCCAGCCUCCCAGGCCGGCUGCCUGCUCACCCAGCCAGUAGCUUGCUCUGGGCACUGCAGCAGGCUCGGCUCUGUCCCAGCGCUCGCUCUGCCGGGAGAAAAGUGGUGUCUUCGCCCGCCCGGAGAGAGCCUCUCUCUCUCCCUUCCUUCUUUCUCGAGCUCUCUGAGUCCUUUGGCGUUUCUUUCUUUUUCUUUUCUUUCUUUUCUUUUUUUUUUUUUUUUAAUAUUUUCUUUUUAUAAAAUUUACAUAAUUAUAUUGGUAAUCGUGGAUGAGGCUGCUGGAUUGUGCAGUACAAGUCUUCAUGAACAAGCUGCACCGCUCAGAGAUUUCCCGGCAUUCAAAGGUCACAGAACUGCCACUAUGGUUAAAUGUCUUGUUUAAUGGUUGAGAGGUGUGGCGAAGUCUUGUUUGAAAAUCCUGAACAGAAUGUCAAAUGUGUUUGCAUGCUAGGAGAUGUACGACUAAGGGGUCAGACGGGGGUUCCUGCCGAACGCCGCGGCUCCUACCCAUUCAUUGACUUCCGUCUACUUAACAAUACAACACACUCAGGGGAAAUUGGCACCAAGAAAAAGGUGAAAAGACUGUUAAGUUUCCAAAGAUACUUUCAUGCAUCUAGGCUUCUCCGAGGGAUUAUACCGCAGGCCCCGCUCCACCUGCUGGAUGAAGACUACCUUGGACAAGCAAGGCAUAUGCUCUCCAAAGUUGGAAUGUGGGACUUUGACAUUUUCUUGUUUGAUCGCUUGACAAAUGGGAACAGUCUGGUAACUCUAUUGUGUCACCUCUUCAACUCCCAUGGACUCAUCCACCAUUUCAAGCUCGAUAUGGUGACCUUGCACAGGUUUUUAGUUAUGGUUCAGGAAGAUUACCACGGUCACAACCCAUACCACAAUGCUGUUCACGCAGCUGACGUCACCCAGGCCAUGCACUGUUACCUGAAGGAGCCAAAGUUGGCCAGCUUCCUCACACCUUUGGACGUCAUGCUCGGACUACUGGCUGCAGCAGCUCAUGACGUGGACCAUCCAGGGGUGAACCAGCCAUUUUUGAUCAAAACUAACCACCACCUUGCCAACCUGUAUCAGAAUAUGUCUGUGCUGGAGAAUCACCACUGGCGAUCUACAAUCGGCAUGCUUCGGGAGUCACGGCUCCUUGCUCACUUGCCAAAGGAAAUGACACAGGAUAUCGAACAGCAGCUGGGCUCCCUGAUCUUGGCCACAGACAUCAACAGACAGAAUGAGUUUCUGACCCGCUUAAAAGCUCACCUCCACAAUAAAGAUUUGAGACUGGAGAAUGUACAGGACAGACACUUUAUGCUUCAGAUCGCCUUGAAGUGUGCUGACAUUUGCAAUCCUUGUCGAAUCUGGGAGAUGAGCAAGCAGUGGAGUGAAAGGGUCUGUGAAGAAUUCUACAGGCAAGGUGACCUUGAACAGAAGUUUGAACUGGAAAUCAGUCCUCUUUGUAAUCAACAGAAAGAUUCAAUCCCUAGCAUACAAAUUGGUUUCAUGACUUACAUCGUGGAGCCACUGUUCCGGGAGUGGGCCCGGUUCACUGGGAACAGCACCCUGUCCGAGAACAUGCUAAGCCAUCUCGCACAUAACAAAGCCCAGUGGAAGAGCCUGCUGUCAAAUCAGCACAGACGCAGGGGCAGCGGCCAGGACCCGGCUGCCCCCGCACCUGAGACCCUGGAGCAGAUGGAAGGCGCCACGCCCUAAGAUAGCGGUCUGCUGGAGCUCGGCCAUCUGUCCGUCCACGGAAGCACGGCCAUCCGUCCAACUGCCCUCGCAACAAGCCCACCAUGCUGGGUUUCGAUGCCACCCACCUGCCACUUACCGCCUCUUUGAUCCAAGUGUACAAAAGCCAUUGUCACCUCAGCAUUAGCUGCUGACAUGGGCAGCUCUAUACCGUCAUUGGAGCUGAUUCUGGGGCGGCUGCCCCAACCGAAAAGACUGGAAGUAAGAAAGGGGCGCUUCUGCCAUGUCCGCCUCUGGCCCUUGGUCAGGCUGACUGACAGGGGCUCCUAAGUCCAGAGCAUUCUUAGAGUUCGCCGUCGGACAGCUGACCUGCAUGACACCAGCAUACUUGGAACUGCAAGAUUGGUCUUACGUGCCAGAGCACAAACGAGAGUGUGAGAGAAAGUACCUUCUAUUUUAAUAAUAAUAAUUAUUAUUAAAUAAUAAAUCUUUUUAACUUUUAUAUUUCAUGCACCAGAGAAUGGGUCUAAAACUUCGGACUAAGAAUACUCAGCGUACCCAAGCCUAAGAGGGGUUUCAUUGUUUUGCUAUUGACUCUAUGCCACGUUGGGUCAGAGAUGUGGCACCUUUGCGGUUUAUGAAACCACGCAUCCCCUCCCAUCGGUGGAAGGCGCUGGACAGCUCAUCCCAUUGCACCGUUAGCCAAUCUGUCUUUUCCAGAUUCAGUGACCUGUUUAUAUCCACACGUGUACAUUUUCUGUAAAUACCGAACGCUACUGAUUCCCAUGCCAAAAUACACGAGUAUUAUGGGAUUGCUACCUGUAUAAACAAUGGCACUGUGAACAGAUUACUGUUAGUUUUAAUACGAGAGAAUGCGUUUGUAAAUACGGUAUAGAGAAUAUUAAUAUACUGUUGUUCGCAGAUAAAGGCCUUAACUUUAAA